AGGGCGGGGUGGGGAUCCGAACACACACCGUCAUGUUUACAUUGCCUUGCUGGUGAGUGCUGAGUGCUGACCCCUCACUGCCUCAGCACACUCUUGAUUACCUCCACACCCUUCCUGUAGCCUCGCUCCUCGUGAUAUUAGAGAGAGACAGACAGACAGAACACUCAAGAAGAAGAAGAAGAAGACCGUGAUAUUAGACAGACAUAAUACUCCUGAAGAAGAAGACCUCGUGAUAUUAGAGACACAGACAUAACACUCCAGAAGAAGACCCUGAUAUUAGAGAGAGGCAGACAGACAGAACACUCCAGAAGAAGAAGAAGAAGAAGAAGAAGAGCGUGAUAUUAGACAGAUAGAAUACUCCUGAAGACCUCGUGAUAUUAGAGACAGACAGACAAAACACUCCAGAAGAGGACCCUGAUAUUAGAGAGAGGCAGACAGACAGACAAACGGCAAAAUGUCUGAGCGCAAAGUCCUCAACAAGUACUACCCUCCAGACUUCGACCCCUCCAAGAUCCCCAGGGCGAGGUGUCCACGCAACCGUCAGUUCACCGUCAGACUCAUGGUGCCGUGCAAUAUCAAGUGUUAUACGUGCGGCGAGUACAUAGCCAAGGGGAAGAAGUUCAACGCGCGGAAAGAAGACGUGGAGAACAUGACUUAUCUUGGGGUGAGGAUAUACCGGUUCUACAUCAAGUGCCCUGGCUGCCUGGCUGAAAUAUCCUUUAGGACUGACCCAGAGAGCACAGAUUACAUCAUCGAGGCAGGCGCGCACCGUAACUUCCAGGCCCUCAAGCUUGCAGAGGAGCAGGCUGCACGAGAGGAGCGAGAGGCAAAGGAGGAGAUUGAGUCCAACCCGAUGUUACUUUUGGAGAACAGGACCCAACAGUCACAGUACGAAAUGGAGGUUUUGGAGUCUCUGGAGGACCUGCGGGAAAUGAACGACCGUCAUGCAGGAAUAGACCCGGGCAAAAUUGCCGAGAGAUUUGAGACGGAACGGAAGAUUUCCCUUGAACAAAUUGAGGAGUUAGAAAGGCUGGCUGCACUGAAAGCUCUUGGAUACGAAAUGGUUGAGGGAGAAAUGGUGAAGAGAAUUGCUCCUGAAGAACUGGAGGACGACAGGCCAGCUAAGAAAAUCAAGACAGAAAAAGAUGCCGUACAGGCCACCCUGGAAUUGCCUGCUGAUAACAAAAGUAAAAUGACCAUGAAGUCUAAGCUGGCAGGGUUGGUAAAAGUAAAAUCUCAUCAACCUAAAUUGGAAGUGAAAGAGGAAACUACAGAAGAAUCUAAAUCUGAGGUGAAGGAGUCACACAUGUCCAGUGCAGAAACAAGCAAGGCGUCACAGAGUGCAGCACCUGUAUCUAAAACACCUAAUGGCUUGUCAUUCCUUGGAGCAUAUUCUGACUCAGGCUCAGAAUCUGAUGAAAGUACAUAAUUUACAUAACAAAGCAAGUUGUUAUCAUUUUUAUAAUGUUUAUGAGUUUGUAUUUUAAAGAAACUAUUUUGCCCAUAAACAAAGGCUGCAAAAUUGCUUAUUUAAAAUACACUGAGCCUUUCCAAUGUAUAUAAUAUCAGAUGUAUUUGACAGAUAACUAUUCAAUGCCAACAGUUAACAUGUAAUACUUCCACUUGUAUCUAAAGAGUCAAGUGGCUCCACAGUACACUGUAAAAUGUAUAACUAAGAUUGCAGAUUUUUAUUUGACUCAUGGGGAUCUCAGUAAGAUGUAAUCACUCAUAAGAAAAGAUGGACUGGUGGUCAUAUUUAUCUAGCUUUAGAUUUGUCUAGUCCUAGGCAAUCUCCAUCCUAAGGUAUAACAUCAUGUUUUAUUGGUCAUCUAAAUAAAGGUUUAUGAACAGUCACUAGAGUAUAAUAUUGUGUGUAUAUCUUACAUCUGAUAGUAUUAUUUAUUUUUGUGUAGUCAUCAGAUUAAUACUACACAUUAAUUUUCAUUUUAAUACAACAUCCAUUGUUUAAAUUUAAAUCAAAUUUCCAUUGUAUUUUAUGAGCUGGGGCUACAUGAACUGGGCUGAUAAAAGAACAGGAAUUGACAAACCAGUGAAAAUUUGGUAGCACAACAGUCAAAAUAUAUACUGAUGAUAGAAAUGUCAGAGAAACUGUUGAAUAAUUAAAUAAUGCAUUUAUAGAUUGGUAUUUCUAUUUAUUUUUUCAGUCUCAUCAUGCUUUUGAUGAUGGGGGUGCUCCCAUGGUCCCGUGGUAGAGUCUCGGCCUUGCGCUUCGGCAGGGUGCCUGGAGCGUAUGGGUUCGAGACCUAUCCUGUGCCAUGGGGGUGGAAAGGUGGGCUCUUUCCGACACCCUCAGCCCCGUUGUUGGGCCUCCUCCUUGAAAGAAUUGGGUAUCUCUCCCAACCGUCUGGGGGGUUGCGCAGCAUGCUCUGCCUUCCUCCAUUGGGGUAUAUCCCCAACGAAAUACCAAAAACAAAAAAACAAAAAAUGCUUUUGAUGCCUGUUUUCUCAGUUAAAUUAAUCCUGUUUUUGUCAGUGUCAAUUUUUAAUUAGUAUUGAUGCAAGAUAAUAUUGCAUGUAAAUGCAUUUGCUUGUAGCUAUUAUUUUGCACUACCAUCAAAUACAUAUGAUGUGAUGGGCUAAAGAUAUGGAUAGAGUACCAAGGCCUUGAGCCAUAGGGACCCCUUCGGCUGGAUGCUAGUAUGUCUGCCUCCCAUUCCUGAGGGCCUUGGUUAAAAUCCUAGAUAAACUGUUGUGUGUAAUGAUGGGAAGUGAGUCCCAUCAGAGUGUAUCUUUAAAUCAUAAUUUUCUAUCAGUUACAUUACAAAUUAGUCUGGUUCUCGGAAGUUCAAAAUAAUUUCCAAACACAGGUACUACCUUACCUUGUCAGACUCGUAGUAGUAUUUGAAAGUAUAGUCUGAACAUUUUUUUUUUUUCCAGUGUAUUAAUGAUAUAAUCAACUUAAUUUUGCCAUUUUUAUCUAAUUGCAGAUCCUACAAUACUAAUUAUAAUUCUGAAGGCCACUGCCAGACUCUGAUGUAGUACUCAUUUUCAUUGUUAGCUUAUAUUUUGGCUGCAUUGCAGGCUGUCAUAUCUUUACUACUUUGUCAACUUAUGUGCUAAACUAAUCCCAUUUAAUGUAGGCCCAGCUCAUGAAACAUAUUUAAUAUUUUGAAUUACAUUUAAAAGGGGGUAAAGAAUCCCCAUGAACACACAUCAGUGGUGUAGUGGUUAUGGUAGUUGCCUAGACCCAAAUCUGUGGGCCUGGGUUUGAAUCCCAGGCAGGGUAGUUGGCGUACAGUCACCCGGCUCUUCAUCCUGCCUUUUGGGCUGAUGAAUAAAUGGGCACUUGGGGAAGAUAAACUUUGGCAACCUGGAUGUCACACCUGUCCUGUGUCCCAAGGUUCUUAUCCACCACAGGCUCAAAGGCAAGUAAGACAGACAUGAGCAUUGAGGCCAUGCACAGCUACAGCAUAUGCCCCUAACUUUACCUUUACCUUUAGCAAACUAAGAUAAUAUAGCUCUGCUAAUGUUACAAGAGCAUUACCUCUCACUUAAAGCUGCCAUGAGGUGGGAUUGAACUUGCAACUUCAGAGUUGCAAGUUAAGCUCCAUACCCAUUGAAUCACUUAGCCCUCAUAUUAAGUUCAAACACUGAAUUUUAUAUUUGAUAUGGAUAUUAGUGUCUACUUUUUCUUUUUACAACUAAUAAUAUUUGUUACCAUUGUCUUCAUAAUGUUUUCCAUACUGGAAUAAUGUUUUGGUACUUCGUUAGCAGCAUAAUGAUCUGUGGUAUAGUGGUUGACCCACCUUGCUACAAAUCCAUGGACCAGGGUUUGAAUCCCAGACUGGGGAGUCAUAACGCAGCUCACCCAGCUGUUCAUCCUCUCUUUUGGGCUGGUUGAUAUAUGGGUAUCUGGGGAAGGUUAACUGUGGUAACUCAGAUGUUGUACUGGCCAUGUGUCCCAAGGUAAUAGGUUCUCAUCUACCAGAAGCUCCAGGGUUAAUGUGAUGGAGAUGAGCACUGAGGCCAUUCACUGCUAUAGCAUAUGCUCCCAAAUUAUAAUGUUGAUGUACAAAUAUGUUGUAACUUAGUAGUAAAGAAUACUAAAACCUGGAAAA